AUGGAUAAACUAAAUCAAUUAUUUGAGCAUUAUAAUCAAAAUCAUAAUAAAAUUUUAAUAAUUGGUUAUCUUAAAUUAAAUAUCAAAAAAUUUCAAUCAUCAUCAAGAAAAAGUCAACGAUCAAUAACAAGAACUAGAAAUAUUGGUACAAAUGAACAACAUCUUUCAAUCAAGAAUGAUAAAGAUUCAUCAAUAAUAUCAAACACAAAUAAUGAUACAAAAGUUAAUUUUGAACGAUUACUUUCAACAACAUUAUUUUCUAUAAAAUCAGUAGUAAGUCUUAUUUCUACACAAGAUCUAUUAAAAAAUUUGGAAGAAACACUUAAUUAUUUUAAAUCAACGUUCAAUCUACAAAAGAGGUAA